ACAAAGACUCUGUCCCUAGUUUGUGGAAUGUUUUUUAGAACUUACUGAAAGCCUCAGUAAAUCCGGACUACUGUGCCAACUGAGGCUGUGCUGCUGAGCUCUUAACGUGAAGCAGCAGUAGCGACCCUGGCAAGCCAGGGCUGACGUGUGUGGGAAGAGUGGGAGUGACCCUGGCUGGGAGCGGGGGAGGCCUGGAUAUUGUUUCUCCGUCCCUGUGUCCUGCCACUCUCGGCGCUGGGCUCAGAGCUCUGCAGCACCCACGAUGGCCUUCCCAGGCAGAGUGCGCCCCUGCGUUAUCCCAGAGAACGAAGAGCUCCCCGGAACCGUCCUUAACAAUGUGCACGAGGCUAAUGGGAAUGAAGACGAAAGGGCUGUGUCCAAACUGCAGCGCAGGCACAGUGACAUAAAAGUCUACAAGGAGUUUUGUGACUUUUACGCGAAAUUCAACAUGGCCAAUGCCUUGGCCAGCGCCACUUGUGAGCGCUGCAAAGGAGGCUUUGCACCUGCUGAGAAGAUCGUGAACAGUAACGGAGAGCUGUACCAUGAACAGUGUUUCGUGUGCGCUCAGUGCUUCCAGCAGUUCCCAGAAGGACUCUUCUAUGAGUUUGAAGGAAGAAAAUACUGUGAACAUGAUUUCCAGAUGCUCUUCGCUCCUUGCUGUCAUCAGUGUGGUGAAUUCAUCAUUGGCCGAGUUAUCAAAGCCAUGAAUAACAGUUGGCAUCCUGAGUGCUUCCGCUGUGACCUCUGCCAGGAAGUUCUGGCUGAUAUUGGGUUUGUCAAGAAUGCUGGGAGACACCUGUGUCGCCCUUGUCAUAAUCGUGAGAAAGCCAGAGGCCUGGGGAAGUACAUCUGCCAGAAGUGCCACGCCAUCAUUGACGAGCAACCUCUCAUCUUCAAGAACGACCCUUACCAUCCAGACCACUUCAACUGUGCCAACUGCGGGAAGGAGCUGACAGCAGAUGCCCGGGAGCUGAAAGGUGAACUGUACUGCUUGCCGUGCCACGAUAAAAUGGGAGUCCCCAUCUGUGGCGCUUGCCGACGGCCCAUAGAGGGGCGUGUGGUAAAUGCCAUGGGCAAACAGUGGCAUGUGGAGCAUUUUGUUUGCGCCAAGUGUGAAAAACCAUUUCUUGGACAUCGCCAUUAUGAGAGGAAGGGCCUGGCAUAUUGUGAAACCCACUAUAAUCAGCUAUUUGGUGAUGUUUGUUUCCACUGCAACCGUGUUAUAGAAGGUGAUGUGGUCUCUGCUCUUAAUAAGGCUUGGUGCGUGAACUGCUUUGCCUGUUCUACCUGCAACACUAAGUUAACACUCAAGAAUAAAUUUGUGGAGUUUGACAUGAAGCCCGUCUGUAAGAAGUGCUAUGAGAAGUUUCCAUUGGAGCUGAAGAAAAGACUUAAGAAAUUAGCUGAGACCAUAGGAAGGAAAUAACUUCCUUUAUAUUUUUUCUCUUCUAUACAAAGAGAAGAGUUUGAUUUGAUCCACGCUUAUUUAUAAAAGCUUUAUCUCAAAGCAGUUGAGAGCAAAGAGGACCUACAGGCCUACAUGAAUGGUUUUCUUCAUCUCCUUUUUCUCAUUGAAAAAAAAUUUGUAUAAUCAUAUUUAAAACACAGAUGAAAUCAAGAUUUGCCUUUAUUAAUUAACCCUUAUCAAUUUGUUGACAUGUAGACUAUAUAGCAGAAAAAUACAUGGUCAAAUGUUAAAUCUUAAUUAAGGCCCCAAAAUUAAAUACAACUUUUUAAAAUCAAAGAAAGUCAGCUUUUACAUGACUCCGGUAAAAAAUAGUAUAAACAUUGAUUUACUUUGUAUUCAAAAGAAAAUUACCUCCAACUGCUGUUAGGGGAGGAUAUAGAAAAUAAUAACCAACCAAGAAAAA